AUGCCGGGGUCGCCCCUCGCCCCGCUGCUGCCUGCUGCUGCUGCUGGGCCCCCGCCCCCCCCGCCCGCGCCGCGCCCCCCCAGCCCGGCCGGCCCCGCGGCACCGGGGCGGGCACGGCCAGCGGGACCCCCAGAGCCAGCGGGGGGACCCCAACCAAGGGCACCGCCAGCGGGGUCACCCCAACCAAGGGCACCACGACCGGACCCCCGAAAGCCAGGGGUCACCCCAACCAAGGGCACCGCCAGCGGGGUCACCCCAACCAAGGGCACCACGACCGGACCCCCGAAAGCCAGCGGGGUCACCCCCACCGAGGCCACCGCCAGGGGACCCCACAAAGCCAGCGGGGUCACCCCCACCAAGGGCACCGCCAGGGGACCCCCCAAAGGCAGCGAGACGCCCCCCUGGAAAGGCACCACGGCGGGGCCCCCCAGACCCAGCGGGGUGCCCCCAACCAAGGGCACCGCGGCCGCCCCCUCGAGGAGCAGCACCACGGCGGGACCCCCGAGGGGCAGCACGGCCCCCCCGGAGCGGGACAGCGCGACCCCCGCCAGGCGCGGGGACCCCGCGGGCACGGCCCCGGCGCCCACGGUGAGCAAGGUGGCGGUGAGGAGGAGGAAGGUGCUGAGGAAGAAGGUGGUGAAGAAGAAGGUGCUGAGGAAGAAGCCGGAGGCUCCGGCCGCGCCGCAGGAGCCCCCGUGUCCCCCCCUGGGGCUGGAGUCCCUGCGCGUGCUGGACGAGCAGCUGCGGGCAUCGAGCCACAAGCGGCACGGGCUGGGAGCGCACCGCGGCCGCCUCAACAUCCAGUCAGGGCUCUACGACGGUGACUCCUUUGACGGCGGCUGGUGCGCGGGGCGCGAGGACACGCAGCAGUGGCUGCAGGUGGACGCGCGGCGCCUCACGCGCUUCACCGGCGUGGUCACGCAGGGCCUCAACUCCAUCUGGACGUACGACUGGGUGACGUCCUACAAGGUGCAGGUCAGCAACGACUCGCACACGUGGCUGCCGAGCCGCAACGGCACCGAGGAGGCGGUGUUCCCCGCCAACAAAGACCCCGAGACGCCGGUGCUGAACGUGCUGCCCUCGCCGCUCGUGGGGCGCUUCCUGCGCAUCAACCCGCAGAGCUGGUUCCGCAAUGGCACCGUGUGCCUGCGGGCCGAGGUGCUGGGCUGUGCGCUGCCCGACCCCAGCGCUGCCCACGCCUGGCACCCCCCGGCCCCGCCCGACCCGCAGCUGGAUUUCCGCCACCACAACUACAAGGAGAUGAGAAAGCUGAUGAAGAGGGUGAGCGAGGAGUGCCCCGACAUCACCCGCGUGUACAGCAUCGGGCAGAGCUCCCGCGGGCUGCGCCUCUACGUGAUGGAGAUCUCGGACAAACCCGGGCAGCACGAGGUCGGAGAGCCGGAGUUCCGCUACGUGGCCGGCAUGCACGGGAACGAGGUGCUGGGCCGGGAGCUGCUGCUGAACCUGAUGGAAUUCCUGUGCCGCGAGUUCCGGCGCGGCGAGCCCCGCGUGGUGCAGCUGGUGACGGGCACGCGCAUCCACCUGCUGCCCUCCAUGAACCCCGACGGCUACGAGACCGCCUACAGGCUGGUACGGCUGGCACCCACCGUGCCUAACGCGGUGCCCAUCACGCUGAUCCCGGUGCCCAUCCCGGUGACAACAGUGCCCUGUGCUCAUCCCAGUGCCGGGGUGCCCGAGCUGGCGGGAUGGGCCAUGGCCGCAGUGAUCCCAGUGCCCAUCGCCGUGAACCGUACACAUCACGACCUGAACACGGUGCCCAUCCUGGUGACCCCAACGACCCUGGUGCCCCACGAGUUCCCCAACCACUACAUCCCCAUCCCCGAGUACUACACGGGCUCGACGCUGGGGAGACCGCAAAACAUCCGCGGUCCUAUCAGUGUGCAGACCCCCCAAAACAUCCCCAUCCUGUCAGUUCCAGUGGGCCGUGGGUCACCAGAAGCCACGAGGACGUGGCCACCACCGCCACGAGGCGCGGGUGACAGCGAUGUCACCACGUGGGUGACCCUGGUGGCGCAGGUGACGGUGGUGUCACCACACCGGUGGUUCCGGAGACGCGGUGACAGGAGUGUCACCAUGCAGACAGCCCUGGAGGCAGGGGUGACAAAGGUGUCACCCGCUGGUGACCGCGGUGUCACGGCGCAGGUGGCCCCGGAGACGCGGGCGGUGAUCGCGUGGAUGCAGCGCUACCCGUUCGUGCUGAGCGCCAACCUGCACGGCGGCGAGCUGGUGGUCACCUACCCCUUUGACAUGAGCCGCACCUACUGGAAGGCGCAGGAGCUGACCCCGACCCCCGACGACGGCGUCUUCCGCUGGCUGGCCACCGUCUACGCCACCGCCAACCCCGCCAUGGCCAGCGCCGAGCGCCGCCGCUGCCACUACGACGACUUCACGCGCUACGGCAACAUCAUCAACGGCGCCAACUGGCACACGGUGGCUGGCAGCAUGAACGACUUCAGCUACCUGCACACCAACUGCUUCGAGAUCACCGUGGAGCUCUCCUGCGACAAAUUCCCGCACGCCUCCGAGCUGCCCGCCGAGUGGGAGAACAACCGCGAGUCGCUACUGCUCUUCAUGGAGCAGGUGCACCGGGGGAUCAAGGGCGUGGUCCGGGACAGUGACACCGAGCUGGGCAUCCCCAACGCCAUCAUCUCCGUGGAUGGCAUCAACCACGACGUCCGCACCGCCUCGGACGGGGACUACUGGCGGCUGCUGAACCCGGGCGAGUACGAGGUGACGGCGCGGGCCGAGGGCUACGAGGCGGCCACGCAGCCGUGCCGGGUCUACUUCGAGAACGUUCCCACCCCGUGCAGCUUCCGCCUGGAGCGGGCGCGGGGCCGCCACCGGCCCGGGAGGACCCGGCCGGGCCCGGACCCGGCGCUGCGGCUGCAGCGGCUGCGCCUCCGCCGCCUGCGCGCCCACGGCCGCGGGCAGUGA